AUGUCUCAAAAGUCUCUGAAAAGUCUUAAAAUAGUCUCAAAAGUCUUAACUUUGAUCUUUAUCCGUGAAUCGACCCCAUUUUUAACUAAUCGCACUCUCAUCACGUUUCCUGUCUCAGAUCUGGCUCAGCACUACCUGAUGAAGGCCAACAUCACAGCCAUCCGCCGUGUGAGGAAGACGGACAACAACCGCAUCGCCAGGGCGUGCGGAGCUCGUAUCGCCAGCAGAACAGACGAGCUGCGUGAGGAAGAUGUGGGCCUGGGGGCGGGACUAUUUGAGGUGAAGAAGAUCGGUGAUGAGUACUUUACCUUCAUCACUGAGUGUAAAGAUCCCAAAGCCUGUACCAUCCUACUGAGAGGGGCCAGCAAGGAGAUCCUGGCUGAGGUGGAGAGAAACCUUCAGGACGCCAUGCAGGUGUGUCGUAACGUGCUGAUGGACCCCCUGCUGUUGCUGGGCGGCGGUGCCGUGGAGAUGGCGGUGUCGAAGCGUCUGAUGGAGCGUUCCCGCGCCCUGACGGGAGUGGAACAGUGGCCGUACCGCGCCGUGGCCCAGGCCCUGGAGGUGAUCCCCAGAACGCUGAUCCAGAACUGUGGAGCGUCCACCAUCAGAGUGCUGACAUCACUGAGGGCGAAGCACACAGAGGAGCAAGGCGUCUGCUGGGGCGUGGACGGAGAGACGGGCAGUUUGUCUGACAUGUCUACUCUGGGCAUCUGGGAGCCACUGGCUGUCAAAGCUCAGACCUACAAGACCGCCGUGGAGACGGCCAUCCUGUUGCUGCGGAUCGAUGACAUCGUCUCGGGUCAUAAGAAGAAGGACAAGGAAGAUCCCAUGGGAGGACAGGGAGCCGAGUAGAUCCUGGUGGAUCAGACCAACGUCGAGUCACUCCGUGUGUUUGUGAGCGUGUCAGUGUGGAUGUUUGAGUGAGUGGGACCAGACUCAGUUAAUAAACCAUUACACAACA